GCCGGGGAGGGGCGGCCGGCGCUGGGUGGAGAACUCGGAGCCGCGGAGCCCCCAGUCGCCGCGCCGUCGGAGCAGCGAGCGUCGAGCGCGCCAUGAGGGAGAUCGUGCACAUCCAGGCGGGCCAGUGCGGGAAUCAGAUCGGCACCAAGUUUUGGGAAGUGAUUAGCGAUGAACAUGGCAUCGACCCGGCCGGCGGCUACGUGGGUGACUCCGCGCUCCAACUGGAGAGAAUCAACGUCUACUACAAUGAGUCAUCGUCUCAGAAAUACGUGCCCAGGGCAGCCCUGGUGGACUUGGAGCCGGGCACCAUGGACAGUGUGCGGUCCGGGCCUUUUGGGCAGCUCUUCCGGCCGGACAACUUCAUCUUCGGACAGACUGGUGCUGGCAACAACUGGGCCAAGGGCCACUACACGGAGGGUGCGGAGCUGAUGGACUCAGUCCUGGAUGUGGUGCGGAAGGAGAGCGAGCACUGCGACUGCCUGCAGGGCUUCCAGCUCACCCACUCGCUGGGCGGUGGCACAGGCUCCGGGAUGGGCACCUUGCUCAUCAGCAAGAUCCGAGAGGAGUUCCCUGAUCGCAUCAUGAACACCUUCAGCGUCAUGCCCUCACCCAAGGUGUCAGACACGGUGGUCGAGCCCUACAACGCCACGCUGUCCGUGCACCAGCUGGUGGAGAACACGGAUGAGACCUACUGCAUCGACAACGAGGCCCUGUAUGACAUCUGCUUCCGCACCCUGAAGCUGACCACGCCUACCUACGGGGACCUCAACCACCUGGUGUCGGCCACCAUGAGUGGGGUCACCACCUCCCUGCGCUUUCCAGGCCAGCUCAACGCUGACCUGCGCAAGCUGGCUGUGAACAUGGUCCCCUUCCCACGCCUGCACUUCUUCAUGCCCGGCUUCGCGCCGCUAACCGCCCGGGGCAGCCAGCAGUACCGCGCCCUGACAGUGCCAGAGCUCACCCAGCAGAUGUUCGAUGCCAAGAACAUGAUGGCCGCCUGCGACCCUCGCCACGGCCGCUACCUGACCGUGGCCACUGUCUUCAGGGGCCCCAUGUCCAUGAAGGAGGUGGACGAGCAGAUGCUGGCCAUCCAGAACAAGAACAGCAGCUACUUCGUGGAGUGGAUCCCCAACAAUGUGAAGGUGGCCGUGUGCGACAUCCCGCCAUGUGGCCUGAAGAUGGCUGCCACCUUCAUUGGCAACAGCACAGCCAUCCAGGAGCUGUUCAAGCGCAUCUCAGAGCAGUUCUCGGCCAUGUUCCGGCGCAAGGCCUUCCUGCACUGGUUCACGGGCGAGGGCAUGGACGAGAUGGAGUUCACCGAGGCUGAGAGCAACAUGAACGACCUGGUGUCCGAGUACCAGCAGUACCAGGACGCCACGGCUGACGAGGGCGAGGAAGCUUUUGAGGACGACGAGGAGGAGGUCAAUGAGUAGAGGCGCGUCCCUGCCUCAGACGCCACGGCUCAGAUGUCCUUCAACGUGGGUGUGUCUGGACCUCCCAGCCGCCCAGUGGGGCCCUGUCUGAGUGUGUGGGGACAGGCCCUGCACAGAGACAGCGAGACUGUCCUGUUAGUCAUCUGAGAUGGGGGAUGUCAGAAGAGCAGGGAACUGGCACUCCCACCAGGUUCGAGAGGACUGGAGGGAACUAACGGGCUGAAGGGCUAAAUACAUCAGCCGCAUCUCUGUACGUCUCCCACAUGUCUGUGAAGCAGGGUUAGAAAUAGCAUGUUUUCAUCCCAUGAUGAUGCCUGAGGCUGGAGGUCCUGCCUCCUAGCUGAUGGCAGCACUGACCCUGGAAAUGACCUAUCACAAUAAAACCCUAACUGCUCCC